CUUUCUGCACUGAUGUCUGGUGUGUCAAGGGCCAUGUCGAAGUUUCGCCUGGCUGUGGUCCAGUUGCAUGUGACAAAAGUCAAGGCAGACAACCUCUCAAAAGCCCGGAGGCUGAUAAAUGAAGCUGCAGCCCAAGGGAGCAAAAUGGUGGUUCUGCCAGAGUGCUUCAAUUCUCCUUAUGGAACCAAUUUCUUCCCUGAGUAUGCUGAGAAGAUCCCCGGGGAAUCUACACAGAUGCUGUCCAAGGCUGCUAAGGAGAAUAAGGUGUACCUAGUGGGAGGGUCUAUCCCAGAGGAGGACGGUGGGAAGUUGUACAACACCUGUCCAGUGUUUGGCCCUGAUGGAGGAUUGAUGCUUAAACACAGAAAGAUUCACCUCUUCGACAUCGAUGUUCCUGGGAAAAUCCGUUUCCAGGAGUCCGAGACACUGAGCCCAGGAAGUGGCCUAUCGGUUUUUGACACAUCAUUCUGUAAAGUGGGAAUCGGGAUCUGCUAUGACAUAAGGUUUGCAGAGCUUGCACAGCUCUACAGUAAAAAAGGUUGUCAGCUAUUGGUGUACCCUGGGGCCUUCAACAUGACAACCGGCCCAGCCCAUUGGGAGCUCUUACAGAGGGGAAGGGCACUUGAUAACCAAGUGUAUGUAGCCACAGCAUCGCCCGCGAGAGAUGAAACUGCUUCCUACGUAGCCUGGGGUCAUAGCACUGUUGUAAACCCAUGGGGCGAGGUGAUUUCAAAGGCAGGGUCGGAGGAGGCGGUUGUCUAUGCUGACAUUGAUCUACAAUAUUUAGCAGACGUCCGCCAGCAGAUCCCGAUCACAGCCCAGCGUCGCAGUGACCUCUACUCAGUCAAUGCUGUGCAGGAAGGCUGAAACUUGAACUUUGAGACAUCAAGAGACUGCCGGGGUCAAUCUCAUAAACAGACGAUAUAUGAAUAUAUCCCACAUUAGCUGUGCUAACCUGACCGAUCUCCACCCCACAAAGACGAAAGAUUGUGGAAACAAGAGAAUAUGGGAUUGUAAUUAAAUUGAGCAUAAGUGCCUACAUGAUUAGAGCAUAUUGACAUUUAAAGAUGAAACAAUAGUUGCCACCUCCCUUAUCACAACUGAUUUAUGUUUAAUGGUUUUGCAUAGAUUUGAUAUUAUAUAAGAUUUUUCUAAUGUCUUGACAUCAAAAGUAAAAUUUGUUUCAAGUGGAAUUACAUUUUUCUGAUGAGCCAUAUGAAUUUUACUCUACCAAUUUUUGUGCUUUUUUCUGCUCAUGACAAGCAUAAAAGACAUGACAAUUAAGCUAUUGGAGACUGUGCAAAGAUUGCAAAGACAAUAAAAGGAUUUAAAACACUAACUUGACUGUUCAGCACAACAAUAACUGUCAUGAAAAUGAUGGUGGCAUUGUCAAACAAACAAAGUCCCACACAAAAUGAGGAAAAGGGCACUCCUAAGGAGUGCACGGUGAAGACGGAGCAAUGUCCCAAGAGGUGAAGUGGAGACCUUUUUCUAAGAGGAAAAAUAAUACCGAGUUAAACUGUAACCAAUGCAGUUGCACCAAAAGUUCACUAGGGAAGCCAUGUCCACUCUCAUGAGAUGGUUUUCCAAACAGCCAUCUCCCAGGUGGGAAAUCUGCC